AUGGUUGAUGAAAAGAAACAAAAUCCGUUCGAGGACAUGGGACGCUCUUAUGAGGGAGAGACAGAAGAUCACCCUCCAGCAUACACAGCUCCAGGACCCUCAACGCAACCAAGCCGAUCACCACCAGUACAAGAAACCCCUUCUCAAUCAAGUCACAAACCAAUCGCAAUUCCAGCCAUCACCUCCUCCUCUGAUUCUCCUUUCAUCCGCGCAUAUCCACCUAUCUUAAAAAACCACCAACUCUCCAAGGAAUCCUUCCUCGCCUUCCUCGACCAACUGAACAAAGACAUAGCCGCCAGUCCACCCCUCCAAGUCCUAGAUGUAACAGGCGGGAUUUUGAACUCUGUCCCGAUCCUAUUCCCGCUGCACUGGAUUGGGAGUGCUGUCAGCGGACUCGCAAACAUGAGCAGCCAAGGCAUGUCCAAAAGCCGUACAGACUCCUCCAUCAAAAAGGCCAAUAAGGACAUCUUCGGUCCGCGUGGGCUGAGAGUUGAAAUUGCCAAGCUAGAUGCAUUGGCACAUGUUGCAAAGCUCCCUAUCUUGGAUUCUCAGGGCAAGGUCAAUCGGCAAGCGCCUCUAUUUCUACAACUCCAAAAUGAUGCAUCCAUAGCCAACGCUGGAGCCGAUGAAAGGCAGCAGCAGGAGCUUAAUUUGCAGCAGAGGAUUAGGACUCUACAGCCCUGGAUUGCCGAGCUUGAAUUUGAAGUUCUGCCUUGGUCUUCUAAGUCUAAGUUGACGCGGUUCAACGCCUCGUUGAAGAAGUAUAAUAAUGACCAACUAAGGGACCAGGAGAAGCGAGGUCUUGGUAGGCGAGUCGAGGCUUACGCUCAAGAGACCAAACUGGAAGAAGAUCCUUUCAAAAAGGCUUUGUGGCUUGUUAUUCGGGAGGUUGAGACGGAUGAAAGGCGUUAA